AUGUCAGAGGCUUAUGCGCUUAAGCUAGGGCUGUUGUUGAUCUGGGACCGUGGAUUCCGUCGAGUAAUUUGCAACGUUGAUUGUGCAGAGCUUCUUCAGUCUUUGAGAGAUGAGGAGAGUAGGCACUUCCUCCCUAUUCUGGAGGAAAUCUCAGGCCUUCUGAGUCGUAACUGGGACAUUUCGCUUGCUCGUAUUGAUAGAGAUUACAAUCGUCCAGAGGAUUGGCUAGCUAGGAAGGGAGCUCCCUCUCCAAGUUCACCGCUCAACGUGUUGAUCAAUCCCCCAGGGGAGCUGGAGAUCCUCAUCAUGGAGGAUCGUUUAGUUAGUGCUGAAUUACAUAUCUACUUGUUUGCAAACCAAAUCAAUAAAUGCCACAUUAUCUAUGUUCCUCCGCCUUUCGCCGCCAAAGCCAUCAUGGAGGCCUUGGAGGCUGAGUUGGAUCUCGUUGUUUGCAUCACUGAAGGCAUCCCCCAACAUGAUAUGGUGCGAGUUAAAGCAGCGAUUAACAGACAGUCGAAAACUCGUCUGAUAGGACCAAACUGCCCUGGUAUCAUCAAGCCUGGGGAAUGUAAAAUCGGAAUCAUGCCGGGUUACAUUCAUAAGCCUGGGCGCAUUGGAAUUAUUUCUCGUUCUGGGACUUUGACGUAUGAGGCGGUUUUCCAAACGUCUGCUGUUGGCCUUGGACAAUCCACUUGUGUGGGUAUCGGAGGAGAUCCCUUUAAUGGAACAAAUUUUGUUGAUUGCCUUAAGAAAUUCCUAUCAGAUCCUCAGACAGAAGGUAUCGUUCUUAUAGGAGAGAUAGGUGGAACUGCAGAAGAGUAUGCUGCUGCACUAAUUAAGGUUCCUUUUAAAUGUUACCUGUGCAUAAAUUUUCCGUGUUGCAUUAUUAUUCUAUUCCAAAUACUUUUAUUUUAUCAAAUCAAUUUAUGA